GGGCGGUAACUACAGUAAAAGUUAGGACUUUCUUUGUAUGCAAAAGGUAAAGCAUUAACUUUAAAAUAAAAUAUAUAAAAUUAAAAAAAAAAAAAAAAAAAAAAAAAAAACUGCUUUUUUCCAUAAUAUUUAGGACCCUCUAGAUUCCAACCCACUUUACUUUGUUGUUGAAGUCUCAAAUUUUCUCAUUCUCAUUCUAACACAAUCAACCCUCACCCCAUGGGAGUACGGUUAACAUGGGCAAUUGAGAACUUUACAAGGCUGAAUACCAAGUGGGUAUGCUCUGAAAGUUUCUAUGUUGGAGGAUACAAAUGGCGUGUAAUUAUAUAUCCAAAGGGAAACAAUGACGCGGACCAUUUGGCGAUUUAUUUAGGUGUUUCGGAUUCAGCAACUUUGCCAUAUGGGUGGACUAAAUACGUAAAAUACAACUUGUCUGUGAUCAAUCAUAUUGAUAACAAGUCUACAGUGACUGAAGGCGGUGAAGACCAGUUCCAUAUACAAGCAAGUAAUUGGGGUUAUACAAAAUUCAUGCCUCUUAGUGAACUGUAUGACCUUGGUAGAGGUUAUAUUGUGAACGAUACAUGUUUAGUUGAAGUUGAUUUUCCUAGCUUCCGUUCAGUUGAACUUAAGGUUGAUGCGGCAAACACUGCCUCGGUCAAAGGUGAAACUCCCAAGUCUACUUCUCAAGGAAAUAUUGAUGGGAACACUAGACAGACUGCUUCUGGUACCGAUACAAUCCCGCCUCAGACUGAUACCUUGGGCCCUCCUCCUGCCAGUAAAUCAGCAACCGAAGCAAUCAAGACUUUGGUCCCACCAACCACUCCAAUUGUUGAAAAGGAAUCAAAGGUUAAAUCCCCUCAGUCCAAAGAUCCGGAAGUUGAGUUGCCGAGGAGUACUCCAACGAGUGCUCCUCCUGAGUCAUCUUCAUUUGAUGACAUUGGUGGAAUUUGGCAUAUCUUAACCAAACCCUUCGCAUGGGCUCGACGUGCACUUGUCUGGUCGGGAGAGGCUUACUUAUCUUAUAGUUUAGGUGCUUUAGCGGUUUUUGGUUUAGUUGCUUGUUGCUUUGUCUGGUUCAAUAAUACCGCUUACCCUAGUGAGUUUUACGGACCCACUAGACCACAAGCUUCUCAACCUCAAGCAUUUACUUUUCUAGUUAGAGAUGCCUAUAUCUCCAAGUUGGUGUCUGCAGUAGAGACUGAUGCAAUCUUUGACUCCACUACCGAAGGAUCGGUCACGACCUCCAUUCCUCAAUCAACUAUUGAUGAAGCCAAAAAAUUCUUUAUAGAGAUGCUAUCUCGGGACCUAUCAGAAAUUCCUUAUUUGGCCGCACGCCUUACAGAAUCCAUCAGAGUCUUGUCAGAGUACUGUGACCUUACUCCAGCCCAGCUUGCAGAGUUGAACACCUUUAAGGUUGAGUUUCCAACACUUUUCCAAACUUACCAGACUUCCGAUCAUUUUUUGAAGGAGGUCGAGGAAAAAAUGGCAGAAAAGCAAGGAACAAAGAAGUCUUUGGUUGAGCAAAUAAAGAUUGAUGCAUUCGCAUUCCAAAUGCAGAGGGCUAUUCACACGGACUUGAUAUGGAAGGAGGCCAAUCUGCAGGCUGAACUGACAAAGAUCUCUGAGAAGAAAAGAAGUGCUGAGAAAGAGAUGAAGCUACUGCAUGAAAAGAUGGUUAAUCUAGAACAGUCUAGAUCCUCUGUUCUUGAGGAGAUCUCAACUCUUGAGACCAAGAAGAGGACUGCGGAGAGCUCUCUGUCAUCGUACCAACAAAAAUGGACCAAGCUCAGGCGUAUAUUCAUGGAACCAAACAAUUAAUCUCUUUUAUUUGCGAGACGAUAAACUUGUUGGGUACAGUGAUAUUGUUUAUAUAGGUCCUGUCAUUCCAUGUUUUUGGAUUUUUAACUUAUUUUUGGUUUGUUGGAAUUGAUAUUCUGCACUUAUUUAUGGUGAUUAUCUUUUGCACUUGAAUGCAUGCAAUCACAA